CCAUCGUAAUCAUCCAACGACUUCUUCGCCAUGGCUCAAUCCUACCCACUUUUUUGCAUGGGCAACCCCCUGCUCGACAUGCAAGUUACGGAUGGCGAAGAGCUUCUCAAGAAAUACAAGUUAAAUGCUAAUGAUGCAAUCCUUGCUGGGGAUGAUCAAGCAGGAAUUUAUGACGACCUUGUAAAGAACUACAAGCUUACUUAUGUCGCCGGUGGUGCUGCUCAGAAUGCUGCGCGUGGGGCUGCCUACCUCCUCCCUCCGAACUCGGUCGUUUACACUGGAUGCGUUGGCGAUGAUGAACUUGCCAACCAACUGCGCGAGGCAAACAAGAGGGAGGGUUUGGCAGAUGUAUAUAUGGUAAAGAAUGGUGAGAAGACGGGUGCUUGUGCGGUUGUUAUCACCGGUCAUCAUCGUUCGCUAUGCACAACCCUGCGGGCAGCAGAGAUGUUCGAUAUUGCGCAUUUGUCGACACCAGAGGUUGCGCCUUUGGUGGAAGGCGCGAGGAUAUUUUACGUAGAGGGUUACUUCCUCACGCAUGGCGUUGAGAUUGUAAAGUUCCUCGCUAAGAAGGCAAGCGAAGGUGCAAAGACCUUCGUGCUAAACCUUUCCGCACCAUUCAUCCCCCAAUUCUUCAAGGCGAACCUCGACCAGGUCCUUCCAUACUGCGACAUCGUCAUCGGUAACGAAUCAGAAGCAGAAGCAUGGGCAGAAGCCAGCGGCCAACCUGACAAGAAGGACCUCCCAGCUGUCGCGCGUGCCCUCGCGGGCUUACCGAAAUCCAACCCCGCGCGUCCGCGUACAGUGAUCAUCACACAAGGUCCAGAGAGCACUAUCGUUGCGACUGACGUAGAUGGCGUGGAGCCGAAGAUCCACCCUGUUCAGCCUCUUAAGGAUGAGGAGAUCGUUGAUACGAACGGUGCUGGUGACGCGUUCGCUGGAGGAGUACUUGGUGCACUCGUUUCUGGUAGGUCUAUUGACGAGGCUGUUGAGGUGGGACAUAAGAUGGGUGCUAUGUGUGUUCAGCAGGUUGGCCCGCAAUACCAGUGGCCGAAGGUCCAAAUCUUGUGAAGAAAUUCACUCUCCAUCCGCAUGAUCCUCCCCCAGGAAUCACGCGUCAACUACGUGUUAGAUAAAAUUCGCUCUCAACAGCAAGACCAUUUCCUUGAUUUCACGACCAGCUUUCCACAGCUUGUAGACCCACCACGGUGAAUGGUUAAUGUACAAAUAGAUAUACUAGUUUUGGAUAUCAAUGAAAUUGUCAAUUGAAAC